AGGAGAGCGAGAUAGAGAGACAGAGAGAGAGCAAGAGAGAGAGGCUGAGAGACUGUGUAAUAGAGAAAGCGCACGCGAGAGAGAGAGAGAGAGAGAGAGAGAGCAGCUGUGUGACAGAGAGAAAGAGAAUGAGGCAGGGUGCUUAGAGGAGUGAGAGAGCCAAGGAAGAAAUAAGGAACACAUUUUACAAGAGCAGAAAGAGGGAGGAUCGCAGACGAGGGACUCCUUCUCCACUGGGCACCCGGGACACUGUCACUGUGGGGGCUUUUUUCACUCAUCUACUAGCUGGAACUCAGUGGAUUGAAUAACCAACCGGUGGAUUUUUUUUUAAAAAUAUAUGCUUGUGUCACAUCAUUUAGAAACUGGGAUCUUUUCUGUUAUCUGUCCUCCCGCUGGCUCAACCGUUACGGACUGAAAUUGCUUUGCGUGUCUGUUCAGCUCUCGUGUUGUGACUCUGCUCCUUGCACAAAGUGCAUCUGACGGCGCUGAGGAUAUCUCCCCUCUGUCAAACAGGACAGCACGCAGCCAUCGUCGAAUCAGACAGAGGCAAGAGAGAAAGUGUGUGUGUGCGCGUAUAUGUAAGAGAGGGAAAGAGAGAGCGAGAGGGGCAGCUAGAGAGAGAGUCAGAUUCACAGUGUUUGAGAGAGAGAGACAGAUUAAAGCCCAGGCAAAAGACUGGAGUGAAACAGCUUAAAUAGAGAAGUGAACGUAUACGUCCUUUCCCGUUUUCCUUACCAUUCCUUUCCUCCUCCUCUCCUCCUCCUCCUCUUCUCCCAUUUUCCAACAUUUAUUGGACUGCCAGAGCUACUGCCACCUGCACCUCCUCGCGUCUUCUCUUUCCUCUUCUUCCUCUACCUCACCCUUAUUAGGCGUUAAUAUCCGACAGCAGCCUCUGUAAAACACGCCUGUCUUGCUUCUAGCACUUGUGGAAAUAUUUGCAUUGAUCCAAGAGUGUGAGACUGAGUGAGCAUCUGCCUCGGUACUGAUUCCCUGGACCGGUAAGACACAGUUCGUCAGGAGCUUCCUCAUCAGAGGCAGACCUUCUCCCAGCCACUGUCCGACACGCAAACCCUGCUUUUCCCUGGAGGGAUCAGCGAGUGACACAGCGGUGCGGAUAGCAAAGACAGGAAUUGCACAGUCCCUUCAUUGCCUCUAUCCUAUUGCUAGCUACUUGGCAGCUCCCGCCCCCGUGUCACCAUUCCCUGCCUCAGUGCUAAGGAUUCCAGCUACAUGGGCAAGCGAUUGGAGCAGCAGCCAAUGUACCCUCAGUACACCUACUACUACCCCCACUAUCUCCAGACCAAGCAGCCCUAUGCUCCACCCCCUCAUCCCAUGGCUCCUCCCAGCCCCAGCACCAACAGCUGCAGCCAGGGAGGGGCGGAGCAGCUGAGUAAGACCAACCUGUACAUUCGAGGCCUGCCACCUGGGACCACCGACCAGGAUCUCAUCAAACUCUGCCAACCAUAUGGGAAAAUAGUGUCAACCAAGGCCAUUCUGGAUAAGAACACUAACCAGUGCAAAGGAUAUGGCUUUGUGGACUUUGACAGCCCAGCUGCAGCACAGAAGGCCGUGUCAUCUCUCAAAGCCACUGGGGUGCAGGCCCAAAUGGCCAAGCAACAAGAGCAGGACCCCACCAACCUGUACAUCUCCAACCUGCCAGUGUCUAUGGAUGAGCAGGAGCUGGAGAAUAUGCUGAAGCCUCUGGGUCACGUCAUCUCCACAAGGAUACUUAGGGAUGCCAACGGGGUCAGCAGAGGAGUCGGCUUUGCCAGGAUGGAGUCUACAGAGAAAUGUGAAGUAGUGAUACAGCACUUCAAUGGAAAAUACCUGAAAACCCCACCAGGCAUUCCAGCUCCCACGGAGCCUUUGCUGUGCAAAUUUGCCGAUGGAGGGCAGAAGAAACGCCAAAGCCAGAGCAAGUACCCUCAGAAUGGAAGGCCGUGGCACAGAGAAGGCGAGACUGGCAUGGCGUUAACAUAUGAUCCUGCUGCAAUGCAGAAUGGGUUCUACUCCUCGCCUUACAGCAUCGCCACCAACCGCAUGAUCGCACAGACCUCCAUCACGCCCUUCAUCGCUGCUUCCCCCGUUUCCACAUAUCAGGUCCAGAGUACGUGGAUGCCUCAUCAACAAUAUGUUAUGCAACCUACAGGUGCAGUGAUCACGCCAGCCAUGGACCACACUAUGUCCAUGCAGCCUGCCAAUAUGAUGGGCCCUCUCACUCAGCAGAUGAACCAUCUGUCCCUGGGCACUACAGGAAGUUACAUGACUGCUGCAGCCGCCGCGGCGCCUAUGCAAGGGACCUACAUUCCCCAGUACACUCCUGUGCCUCCAACCGCUGUCCCUGUCGAAGGAGUGGUGACAGACGCUUCACCCCAGACAGUGGCUCCUUCAUCACAGGAGGUGGCUGGCCAGCAGCAACAGAUCCAGGUGGACAGUGCUACUGACCAUGUUCCUGCUUACUCAUACCAGUCCAAAUAGCAACGGCCUGAGCGAAUGUUCCUGUGACAGCGUUGCCUUGAGACAGAAGGUGGCUGCACUGUGAAUGUGAGGAGAAAGAGAGAAGAAAAGAGAUUGCUUCCAGAUUGCCCAGGCACCAAAAAAAAAAGAGACACUUUUUUCAUUUCCUACCUGGCCUACAAGAAAAAAAAAAUCAAGAAGGAGGCAAAGAUUGCUGAGGAAGGGGAUGGGGAAAAUUGCUGGGCACAGUGCAAAGAAGUGAAUUUGUUUAGUCUGGGAACCUGCCUGAAGGGGCUGGGCUGAAGCUUGAAAAGUUUCUCAAAGAAAAUUCUCAAAGAAUUGAAACAAAACAAAGAAAAAGUACAAAAAAAAAAGAAAAAAAAUGCGAAAAUUCGAAAAAAAAAAAAAAAGGUUGAAUGCGCAGGUAGGUGAUGAAGUUUAUUUUGUAAUUAGAAAAGGGGAGUCAAGUUUGAGAUACACACAGAGAUUGUCUUCCUCAGAUAUUAAGCUACAGUUUCUUUUCUGUCUUUUUAUGUUCUAGUGUUAAAUCUUAGUUUUCUAGAUAUAUUCGAAAAACAAGGUGUUUUUUUUUUUCUCCCUUCUUUCUUGAAUCUUCAUGGCCUUAAUUUGAAGGGCGCCAGAAACUUUUUACAGAGAUUAAGUCUGACGUCAUGUUGAGAGGAAAAGAAAAAAAAAAAAAAAAAAAGCUAACAAAAACAGUCUCUUGGACCACUUGGAGGGUACAAGACACUAGAUGAAUUGUUCUAAAGAGGAAAAAAAAAAGAAUCUAUCACAUAAGCUGUACAGAUUUAAUAGAGAAGAGCUUUUUUUUCUUUUCUUCAUUAGAAGAAAACUUUGAUAAUUAUUAUGUCAGAGGUAACUAAGUGUCAGAAGUAAACAAAUGUCUGUCGUGGGGGUGGGAGACUCUGGGCGGGUGGUUGGGCGGGUGGGGGCGAAGCUUUGAAGAGAUUUUUCACAGUGAGGAAAAAAAAGAAAAAAGUAAACAUUAGAAAACAUGCUGCAGUCCUGCAGGAUGCAGUCUGCUGCAAAUGCUGAACUUGUUUUUUAUCGUCAUUAUUAUUUUACAUGGCAACGUUGCUGUCGAUGACAUUAGUGCUUUUUAUCUGCCACAUUUUACCUUUUUUAUGAGCUUUAAAGAUGUUUUUAGCCCGCUUUGCUUGUCACACUGCAAAAAAAAACUCACAAAAAAAAGGAGGAAAAAAAAUAAAUAAAAUGAGCAGGAGGAAAACAAAAAACUACAGAGAAAAUUCUGGCAGUAAAACAAAAAAAAAAACAACAACGUUAGAUUCAGUAGGAGCUUAUGGUUUAAACCAAUCAGUGCAAAAGCAAUAGAAAGAAAUUGUUGACAAUUUCUGUAGUCUUUCCUAGUUGUGGAUCAAAUGCAGCCCAUGGAUGGCCAUUUUUAUACCAAAGAUGAAGAGACACUCUGAACCAGAGUUUAGUUUUUGUUUUAUUGUUUCCUUUUGUUUUGUUUUCCUUUUCAUUUUUCAGUUUGAUUUUGUUGUUGUUGAUGUUGUUGUUGUUGAUGAUGUUAAUGUUGAUGUUGAUGUUGUUGUUGCUGUUGUUGUCGGGUUUUUUUCUGCUUUUUUUUUUUUUUUUUCAUUAUUUUUUCAUUUUUUUGGUUUUGUUUUUUACCUUAAUGGCCGGACCAGUCCUUGCUAUCCUUCUUAACCGGGUUUAAGAACACUUUUCACAGUUGUCCGAGCUGUCGCGCACGCUCACGCAUAUCGAUAACGCUCAUACGCCGUCUCAGACACACACAUCAGACAGUAUUGAAUUGCGUGGCAGUUUUAUCAAAAGUCCUCUUUCUGUCUUUUAAUUUCUCUCGUGUGUGUGUCUCAUCUCUUCUUCUUCUGUAAUGCUUUCACACACUGUGUGUGCAUUCCACCUCUGUCUCUCUCUCUCAAAUCCUGCAGGGAAAACUUUAGGAAUCAGACUGGGGAAUGUUGCUGUGUCUGCUAAGUGGUCGUUGACGCGACACAUCGCUUCCAGCUAAUUUCAUUCUGUUUAUCUGUUUAAUUCAACCAUAACUAUCUCAGCCAUUUCUCAGUGUACUAAGCUUCAGCGGGAAGCCCCCCCUGCUGCUGUUUGACCUCAUGUUUAAUCAGUAUGUCAUAGGUGGAUCGCUUUCUAAUAUAUUUAUGUGCUCAAAACACCAGAGUCACGUUUGCUGCAUAUUGUGCAUAGAUUGCUCCCCAAAAGGAACAAAACUGAAGUCUUUUGGUAAUGAUUGCAUAAACUUUACGGCACUUAAUGGCACUGUCCUUCUGUUUACAGCAGCCUAACUGAGUAGUUUGACAUUUUGGGAAAAUUAUCGCAAUUUUUUUUCUUUUGAAUUUUAUAAUCUUGCUGGAUUAGUCAGCACCCAGCAGUUUGGCUUAGCCUUGAACACUAAGUGGAGCAGAAAACCUUGCAGCACCACUUGUUGUAUCUCAUUUGUUUUGUACAAAAAUAACACCUUUAGUCUUGCAACGGUCUGGUGAUCUGUCCACGGUGUACCCCGCCUCUCAUCCUGUGACAGCUGGGAUUGGCCCCUCCCCACCACGGCCCUGAAUUAGACAAGCAGAAGAACACGGAUGGAGAAAUAUUCCUCUGAACCACAUUUAACUGAGUGGACAUGUAGUAACCACUCGCUUUGCUUUUGUAUUAUUUGUGUGGUAAGCCCGCUGUCACUACCGCCUGCCAUCACUGUGACGCUAACAAAGCAUGGAGGUAAGGAGUUUAAAAGCAAGAAGAGGACUGCUUGUCUUGAACAUCCGUCCUGAUCAUUUGUAGAAGGUCAGCACACCUGUGGGAAGUAACUAGGCUUCCCACCAGCCAUAACAGGAUGUCGAUGGCAGCUUCUUCCUCAACCUCGCCGCUGAGUGUCAGUUACACCCCUAGUUGUCCCAAUUUGUUGCACAAACAACCCCGUCUCGUCUGAUCCGGUCUUUCCAUCCCUGAGCCGCAUGAGGUUUUUUUCAGUGACUUCAUCUCUGUGGAUUGUCCCCAGAGAAAUUGCCUGUGGGUCAUUUCUGCCCGUAUUACAGAAAGCCUGUGUGUGUCGGGAACGCUGUGUGCGUCUGUGUUCUGCUCACCCGUGGCCUCCCCUGCUCGGCCUCGGCCGUGGUGCCGCAGCACUAAAAAGAACCGCGGCUUCGCUAGCAACAUUAAUGUGCCAUGGUCAAGCCACCCUCCUUUGCUCUCAUUUUCCCCUCACUGUCAUCCUCUCCCUCUUCCACCAACACCGCCACCCCCGUCUCUCACGCUAUCUCUCUCUCACUCUCUCUGAGGUUUCUUCUCUUUAUUGGAUGGUGCAGAAGCAGAACCACAAACCAAUUUCAGUCACUCUCGCAAUGAGGCUUGACGGGCCCAAUUUGUCUCCCUCCGGGGCAAUAGGAUCCACUCCAGUGUCCCUCAAAAGACCCCUUUCUUGCGGAGAGAGGGGGAGCUUUUUGUUUGGUGACAAUUGCAAUUGAGCACUCGCAGUUCAUGUGACUCAUUCAAAUCCUGUGCUCCUGGCAGUGUGCACGUUGCAAAGUGAACUGCGGUAUGUCAUCAUUCGCGGUGAUUUCUCGUUUUCCUUUUUUUCGUAAGCAACAAUCAAACUGUACGUUGAGUGCCUUUUUAACAAAGCUUCCAAAUAAUUCCAAAUCAUCUGUGUAAUUGUUAAUAAAGCAAAGCACAUGGAAAAGCUUGUUAAAGAAGCUGUGCUGGGGAAACGCUACUCUAUGGUGCUAAAGAUGAAGCUGUCUUGGGCUUCUGCCUUUCAUUGCGAUCGGUGAUUUUCUGUGGUGAGCCGGCCACUGUUGAUCACUUGGCCGCGAGCUCGAUCUUAACCGGCCUCCUGUCCACUCGAUGACACAAAAAGAUAGUUCCCGAAGUGAACUACACUGUAAAAGCCAUAUUUUUAUUUUCCCUCAGUCGCACCGCGAGCACCCUCCGAAGAUUCCUGUCUUCCAUCCACCGACGGACAUCAGAAGCCAGAUGUGUCACUCGAGCUUUCCCUCACUGACUGUUAUCCGGUCACAUCAACACAUUGGGCCUUUCCUUUCAUCUGAUCUACCACUCAGCAUCUGCUUUUGCUCGCCCUCAGGCUACGAUCUGCUCUUAUCUCCCAUGGAACAAGUCCCUUCCACCUCCAACUGCUAACAACUUACUGUUGGGCUUUAGGGUUCCCUCGUCGUGCCAACGCUGCUCAUCUGUUCACAGCUGUUCGUUUUUAAGUGUCCUGACGAAACAACCGAGCUGCUACACUUUACCAGUUUUAAGCUAGUGUGUGUUUUUGUGUGUCUGGUGUAUAUGUGAAGAGUUGUUUGUGUUAGUGCUUCAACCUUUAGCAAGGUUAUGAGUACAGCAUAGCUAAAACUGAGUUCUCUAGACUUUUACAGCUGCUGUUUUAUAGAGUACAGGAGACAUUUUGAAGCUUAAUAGGACUCAUAAUGCAGGAGUUGCACAUCAGAGAGCAGAGCGUCCUACAAAUGGCCUGAGAUUCAAUAGUAAUGGCAUUAUGGGAAAUGGGAUUACAAAUAGCCAAGAGAUUAUGGGGGAAAAAAUGCACAACAAAAGGAUAUCAGUUCUAUUUUGCUAAUGGAAAUUCAAGAAAGAAAAAGAUGUUAAGGCAGGUGUUUGCUACUAGUGCACAGUACCAAUAUUUCACAUAGAUCUGAAAGAUUACCCAACAAACAGAAAUGGCUUUUUCUUAAUAGCACAAUGGCAUAAUGUACCUUUUCAGAAUACGAAUACCUUCUCCGAAGUGUACAGAGGGCAUGCCUGCAAUUUUAAGGAGGCAGGAGCAGAAACUGCUCCCAUUCAGCCCGUGUGUCAGCACAAACCAGAAGCCAGCCAUACCCAGAGAGAAAGUGGAUGCGUAAGAAGAAAAAGAGGAGGUGAUCAUUAGCUCCUGUUGCCGGGCAGAAAGUGGCCCUAGCCUCAAGUUUCUUUGUCGCGAUGCAGCGGUGUGUUCCCUGUACAGGACUGUAGGAGGUGACCGACGCGACCCCCGUGCUAAUUAGGAGCACAUUCUCGCCCCUUCUUUGUCCAUCACACCAACACCUCCCUCCCUUUUUGUACACAGCCACUCAUCAUUUUAAGUUUUCUGUGUGAUGUGCAGUACCUCGCUGUCACACUUGACUUUCCUCUUCUUCAAGUUCACAGUAGCCACAGUAUGUCCUUUUCAGCUUUUAGAGGGAAGUCUGUUCAUCGCUGUUACGGCUGCUUUAAAGUGCCGACGUCCAUUUGGAACAAGACACCAUCUCAAAAGGAUCCAUCUGGGGUAGUAGGAUGCCUCCUGGGAAUUGGGAUGCCACUGGGUGGAGACCCUGGUGCAGGCCCAGGAUGCACUGGAGGGGAAUAUGUGCAUCAGUUAGCUUGGGAAUGCAUGCUCCACCGGAAGAGGCGAAGGACGUGGCUUCAGAGAGGGAGGUCUGGGCCUCUCUGCUUAGACUACUGCCACCUGUGACCUGGACUCAGGUAAAUGGUGCAAAAUGGGUGUUACUUUUGAGAUAUUUAAUAAUUGUAAUCAUGAGAAAGUACAUGGAAGGAAAGAGGGAUCUCUUAUGACCAGAAAAGGAGGCAUUGUCCAUUGUUGAGAGAAGUUUUGACAAUGUCAUUUUCCCUUCUCUGCUACUUCGGUGCACGAGCAUGUGAGAGUCCUGCUGGAAUCAAAAUUUGCAAGCAACAAUAAUUUGCAAAUCCUACCAUCUGGAUUCUCACAAAUCGCUUUAGUGAAACAGGCCCCUGGACUGUAGUCCAAUGUGAUGCCUGCUCACUGAGGAGGGACAGCAGUUUGUAGGGGUAAUAUCCAUGCUGGCUUGUUUCUCAUAUUAUGGGCCCUAAUGGUGCUCUUUACACCUCUUUUUUCCCUACUCAGCUGUCAGGAGGAUAACCAGUUGCUGCCAGUGUGCCACAAAAGUUGUCCUAAAGUUUCUGCAAUCAUGAUGUGAACAACUUAAAUUUGUGUUUAGACAUUCCUCUGUCUCAUAUCUAAAUCUCACACAUCUGAAACCCUUAAAGAAACCCGAAUCCGAUGCUCAGCAUUUUCUUCCAACUUCUGUUUGAUGCAGGAAGAUGAAAAAAUACUGUACGUUCAGAGAAAGUGUGGGGGGAAAAAGAGAGGGUGUGUGAUUUCUGUUCACACACUCUCUACAAGAUGACUCUGAUCCUCUGUGAGCUUGAGAUACCUAAUGAAGUACAGAUCUUGAGAUGUUACCUACAUCCCGGUUUUCUCCGGUGUAAGUCUUUCAUGGCGAGGUGCUUAUUUCACUGCCUUUAAGGAGGACUUUUUUCUUUUUUUUAAACCCAAUCCGUCCCUUUCUCACCAUUACUCACAAUCACUGCCGCCUUCCUUAAAUCUGCCCCAGAAAAUCAUUUAUGUAGUGUGGCUUCCGCACUGUCAAAGGAGUAAACUCAUUAGAUGUAUUACACGUCACGCUCGGUUUUCACGAGGCUCUUGUGGAUUCAUUCGUCGUGAACGGAGUCGUAGCCAUUCCUCAUUGAUUGUCGUGUGUUAGGAAAACAGUAGUUCAGAGUUACUCUCACAGACUGAGUGUAAAGGAGAGCUGUGGCUCAAUAAGUCAUCACAGACCAGCACAAUCACACACACACACACACACACACUUUCUCUCCGAACAUAUAAUGCAGUGGGAAAAUUGCUCCAGCUAACCCCCUCCCUCCCCACAAGAGCGAGGCCCUGUGCUUUUUAAUUGAUGCUUCGGUCCACCUUUGAUGAGGGCUGAUCGAUUGGCCACACAACCCCAGGAGCUCAGCCACUCAGCCAGCCAGCACAGCCCUCGUGGAGUUCAAACGUCUCCCUGAGAAAUCCAGAAUCUAAUGAUCACUAGGAAAUGGCCAACCGAAUAUGUUAAGAUAGCCGGCACAGAGAGUGCAUUAGGCAUGGGACUCAUUUACCAGAUAAAAAGAGGAACUAUUUAUUAGGACAGCAGAGCGGUUUUUAAUUUGUUUUUGGGGUUUAUUUUGUUUUGUUUUUUUAUUUUUAGUUUUCUCUUCCUUUUUUUUUGGAUUGUUUUGGGUUUUUUCUUCCACUUUUCUUCGUUUCAGCGCCGAGGAGGACACGGUCACGCCUCGCACACGCUGCUCAGUGUGUGUGAUCUUGGAGAAAUUAUCUGUACAUCUGUGGAUGUUAGGAUUUGGAUUUUAUGAGUUGUUUUUUUCUCUCUGAUGAAGCUUUCAAUAAAAAAAUGUGGAAAAAAAGCA